CCCACUGCUUGCUCGCUCGCUCUCGAACAAGAAGUAGGGGCCGACAGUGAUGGCUUGCGUUGAUGACGCCAGCCAUUCGUUUGUUUCGACGCCUUUUGAAGAUGCCAUGUGAUUUGCGGCCCGUCACGAGCGUCAAAGACGUCAGAGGUGCGGAGAGACUUGCCUGAAAUUUCGCGGGCCCGCCUUUCAGACUGGGACCAACGACUCGUAAAGGAACGACGACGAUGGCGAUGAGCGCGGUGAGCCGUCAGACGCUCUUUGGCAGCACACGACCCAAGCUGCAGUCUUUACUGGCGAAUCUGCACCGUCUGUCGAUUGAACAAGACCGCGCCGGCGCCCACCCGAGCCCACGCCACCUGUUGGCGGGCCAGGAGCAGCUUCCAGCGACGGCCGAGCUGCGAAAGAAGCUCGUCGACGACCACUUUCGCGACAAGUUUGUCGCCCUGGACGAGGACAAGGCAUCCGCCGUGUAUGCGAUUCUGCGUGCCAAGGGUGCGACUCGCAUCUUUGAGGCCGGCACGUCCUUUGGCGUCUCGACACUCUACUUGCUCGCGGCCAUGCGCGACAAUCUCGCUGUUCAGCCGUCUGCUGUGAUCUCUGGUCUCCCUCCUCGAGUCUACGGGACGGAGCAGGAGGCAGAGAAGAUCAAGAUUGCCUAUCAGCACAUGCAGCAGGGCUUCACCGACGGAGGAGAAGCAACCGACAUUGACCGAGAGGGGCAGCUGCAGAUACUACAGGGCGACAUUCUCGAAGAGAUUCCCAAACAGAAGUUCGAAAAGGCAAGCUUGGAUGCUCUCUUGCUGGACAUCUGGGCCGAGUUGGCGCUUCCCAUCCUGAAGCUUCUCGAGCCAGCGCUGAAGCCCGGCGCCGUCAUGUUCGUCGACAACGUGGCGACCACGAGUUCGCCGUACAAGGACCUAUAUGCAUAUAUCGACGACCCCGCGAAUGGGUGGACGAACAUCGUCCUCCCCUACACCAAUGGGUUCGGGAUGGCGGUCAAAGGUGCAGGUAAGUAGAACCUCCUGACGAGACGCGCAUCGAUGUCGUCGAGCGUGUUCCGAUGCAUGCAACAGGAUAUCUCUCACCUUGGUCUGGAAAUAAUUGGGGCCGUUUGGCAACAUGCAAUGUUCACCUUGGGCUGUAAAAACAAUGAAAUGGGAAGGUAUGAAAGACACUUCAAGCAAGAC